AUGGACGAAACUAUCCAUCUUGUCAACGUCUUCACAUGCAAUGGCCAGGGUGGCAACCUCGCUCCCAUUGUGCUGGAUGCGCACGGUCUCACGGAUGCCGACAUGCGAGACAUUGCCCGCCGAUACGAAAGAGAGAGCGCCUUUGCUAUGGUGCACGAAGACUCCAAAGUCGAUUUCCAACUAAGGUUCUUCGUCCCAGAACAUGAGAUGGAAAUGUGUGGCCAUGCCACUGUCGGCACGGCAUGGCUCAUGCAUAAUCUGCAAACCACCAGCAAGUCUGUGCUUGACAUCAGCACCAAGUCGGGCUACGUGAGCACACGUUGCACUGAGCGGGAUGGCCAGACGCUGGUAUUUGUGUCCCAGCCUCAGGGUAAGGUCACGGACGUUUUCGAAGACUUUCUGAUCGAGGAGAUAUUGGCGGUCCUACGCAUUCGACGCAAUCAAUUGGCACAAUGGCCGAUCCGAAAUGCUUGCACGAGCCGAAUGAAGACGGUCAUACCCUUGAAAGACGUUGACACACUGAACAAUUUGAGGCCUGACUUCAGUAAAGUCAAGGGCCUCUGCGAAAGAUUGGGCUCCACCGGAUUGUAUCCGUAUGCGGUCGUUCAGAGUGACAAGACCCCUAUCAAAGUCGAAGCAAGGCAGUUUCCAAAGGCGUCGGGCUACCCUGAGGAUGCUGCGACCGGAAUCGCAGCGGCUGCACUGUCUUAUGCUCUUGCGGCGAGUGGCCAGUUGCAUCCCGGUCAGCAUGCAAUGGUGUACCAAGGCCGUGCGAUGGGAUGCCUGUCUGAGAUCAAUGUGCAGCUGGAUCAAGAGGGAUGCUGGAUUGGAGGGGCAUGUAUGCUGGAGAGCCGCCUAAAUUAG